AUGUGCUUCCGCUGCGCCUGUUUGUGUCUCCGUUGUUUGCAGCCGUUUUCUGAUAUGACGCCUCUCUUUCCCUCUUUGCUCUCCUUUUUACCACCUCUCUGUCCUCUCCUGCUUCGGCCUUCAACCCUCGUGUCUCUUUUUCCCACCUCAAUGUCCUCACUUCCUGCUGCUGCCUUCAACCCCCGUGUCUCCCUUUUCCCUGCUUACCUCCCCUUACACCCGUUCUCCCCUCCACGCACGCACGAGUGCAUGGAACAGGAGGGCGAGCAGGGCCGCAUGCCUGUCACUAUAAUGAGUCUGCUUCUACCGGAGCACAAUGAGCCACAACAGCAGCAGGCAGAAGGGCAUGGGAGGAGGGCGGCAGUGAUUCUGCUACACAGCACGGGCAAGAGCAAGGAGGCGCUGCUGGGGCGGCAGAAGGAGCUGGCAUGUCUCAAUCUCAUCGCCAUCACAUGUGACCUUCGCUACCAUGGCGCUCGUGCCUCCUCUCCUGCUGCAUACUCGGAUGCAUUGGUCAGAGCGUGGAGGACAGGCCAAGAGAUGCCGUUCGUCUUCGAUCCGGUGUGGGAUGUGCUACGUCUGCUGGACUAUCUCACAGCGGUCCACUCUGACACCAUAGACCCCUCUCGCAUCGCCAUCACUGGCGUCUCCCUUGGCGGCAUGGUGGCAUGGCUGGCAGCCACAGCAGACCCCCGGAUAGCAGCGGCUGCUCCCAUGAUAGGCGUUCAAUGCUUCCACUGGGCGGUGGACAACAACUGCUUUCACGACCGAGUGGCCUCCAUACCCCACGCGUUCAACGCUGCAGCGGAGGACAUGGGGAAGACACACGUAGAUGCUGAAGUGGUCACAGCAGUGUGGAACCGCAUCACUCCUGGGUUGCUGCAGCAUUUCGGACCCUACAACUCCCUGCCAGCCAUCUGCCCCCGCCCACUGCUCAUCCUGAAUGGCGAGAGCGAUCCGAGGUGUCCCGUUGAAGGAUUGAGGAGAGCGCUGCAGCGAGCAGAGGAGGCAUACAGCCGGGCAGGGGUCGCUAACCACUUCGAGUUCCAUGUAGAAAAGGGGGUGGGGCAUGAGGUGACAGAGGCAAUGUGGCGCAAGGCAGUCGCAUGGAUGCAGACACACCUAGUGGCGCAGUGA